AUGCCUAAUGAGAGAGUAAUUAAAUCUAAUACUCCCAAAACUGUUACUAAAGCUACUCCUAAAGAAACAACAGAAAAUGAAGUAAUGAGCACUAAACCUACAAAUAAAACGAUGCAUAAUGACAUACCAACUGAACCCGAAACCCCCACAACUACUCAAGAAACUGAUACUAAAGAAGAAACUAUCAAUGAAAGUAGUACCAAAAAGGUGUUUCCGCAUGUGCUACUUGCAAUAACCACCGCGGUCGCAGGCGCCGGUGCGGCGCCCAUACACCGGGGCAUGAAAAACGACCCUCUGGUGUUCAUCUCGAACCCUAUAGAAUCCGAGUUUCCUGGACACUGGAUUCCCGAGAGUAUCCUCAAAAGAAUUUUAAAUAGACCAAAUAACCCGUCUACAAAACAACCGUUGAAAGCUACAAAAGAACGAUUGAGAGCUACAAUAUCUGUUAUCCGACCCAGACCUAUAACUAUAAAACCAACCACUACAACUGAAAUUCAAACAACAACGCCAAAACCAACCCCAACAACAACGACUACAACACCAACUCCAACCACAACAACAACUCCAACCACAACAGCAACUCCAACCACUACAACAACCACGUCUUCACCAACAACAAUAACACCAGCCACACCGCCAACAACACCAACAGAACCAACAACAACAACAACCGACCCAACAACCACAAAAACUGAACCAACAACAACAGAACCAACAACAUCAACAACAACAGAACCAACGACAACAACAGAACCAACGACAACAACAGAACCAACAACAACAACAGAGCCAACAACAACAACAGAUCCAACAACAACAAAACAUAGAAGAUUGACAACAACAACACCGAAACCCAUUGAAAAUGAUACUAAUGCUAACAGUGUAAAUGGAUAA